AUGACAUCCACUGUUAAAAAGGCCAACCAGGAACAGCAAGGUUCAUGCUGUGGUGUUGUAUCUCGACUCAAAAAGUAUCUUCCCAUCUUGACAGUACUCCUCGCCUUGUUUGUUGGAUUCGAUCAAAUAAUGCACAAGUUUUACAUGUUCGAUGAAAACCUGCUGCAACAGGUGGCGCUUCGCAACAUGGAGCAAUAUGGCAACGACACUCACGCUAUGAUCACCAAUAUUGCUGCUGAUUUGGAUAAGGAGUACCCUGGUCAUAUUCGUCUCAAGGAAGAAUGGGUGUUCAACAAUGCUGGUGGUGCUAUGGGCUCGAUGUGGAUCUUGCAUGGUUCUUUGACCGAGUAUGUCAUCAUCUUUGGCACCCCCGUUGGCACUGAGGGUCACACUGGACGAUUCCUUGCCGAUGACUAUUUCAUUAUCCUUGAAGGUGAACAAUGGGCCUAUGCUGCUGGUGAAUUAACGCGUGAGGAAUACAAGCCUGGUGAGAUGCAUCUUUUGCCUCGCUGGAAGAUUCAGCAAUACAAGAUCCCAGAGCACGCAUGGGCACUUGAAUACGCACGUGGUUGGAUCCCAUUGAUGCUUCCCUUUGGUUUCUUUGACACCUUCUUCUCCACUGUCGAUUUUAUCACCCUUUUCCACACCAUUCGCCUCUAUGCCACUGCCAUCAUUGGCGAGCUUUUGAAGGGCAAAAUCUAA